CUGAGCGCGAGGGAGACAGAGAGAGAGAGAGAGAGCGCGGGGUUGACGGUUGACGGUUGGAGCGCGGGGACGAGGAGCGGGAACAAGAUGAAGAUGAAGCGGCGCUGAAACCCCGGCCCCUGGGUUUAGGAGCCGUUGCUGUGGACGGAGAGACGGGGACGUGAGCGGCCAUUGAGGGUGGCCUGGGUGCCGGUGAGCCCCCCCCUCAUCUGCUCGGCGUGCGGGCUGAGCUUCGACGGGCUGACCUUCGAUGGAGGAACACAUGACAGGGCACAAGAAGGAGAAGCGUUAUGAGUGUGACGUGUGUGGCAAGGCCUGGCAGACCCCAGGCCGGCUGGAGACCCACCGGCGGGUUCACACGGGAGAACGCCCCUUCACCUGCUCGGAGUGCGGCAAGAACUUCAAAUGCUACGACAACCUGCAGAAGCAUAGCCUCGUGCACUCCGACGAGAGGCCCUUCACCUGCUCCGACUGUGGCAAAGGCUUCAAGUCGUCCACGCAGCUGAGGUUGCACAGGCGCCUGCACACCGGGGAGCGGCCCUACACCUGCAGCAACUGCGGCAAGGACUUCAGCCACUCCAGCAGGUUACUGGAGCACCAGCGCACCCACACCGGCGAGUGCCCCUACACCUGCGCCCAGUGUGGCAAGCGCUUCCCCCGCUCAAGAUACCUGCUGGAGCACCAGUACACCCACAACGGCGAGCGCCCCUACAACUGUGGCGAAUGCGGCAAGGGCUUCACCCGCUCCACCGGGCUGCGAAGGCACCAGCGCACCCACACCGACGAGCGUCCCUACACCUGCACUCAGUGCGGCAAGGGCUUCAUCCGCUCCGACACCCUGCUGGAGCAUCAGCGCACCCACACCGGCGAGCGUCCCUACACCUGCACUCAGUGCGGCAAGGGCUACACCCACUCCAGUAACCUGCUGUUCCACCAGCGCUCCCACACUGGCGAGCGUCCCUACACCUGCGCCCAGUGUGGCAAGGGCUUCACCCGCUCCACACGCCUGCUGUACCACCAGCGCACCCACACCGACGAGCGCCCCUACACCUGCACCCAGUGCGGCAAGGGCUUCACCCGCUCCCACAACCUGCUGUCACACCAGCGGGUGCAUGCCAGCGACCGUCCCUUCCCCAGCCCGGUGUGUGGAAAGCGCUUUGCCGUGGCCUCCCACGCCCUGUCUCACCAGCGCGUGCACACCAGUGGCCAACCCUAGGACUGCCCGUACUGCUGUGAGGCAUUUGACAGCUUGCGGGAGUUGCGACAGCACCGGCGGACCCACGCCAGCGAGCGGCUUCUCCCACUGCGACAACCGUUUCAUGAGAGCACGGGGGCUGCGGGAGCACUAGCAGAUACACACUAGAGGGAGACCCUUUGUGUGCGCU